GAUAAAUAAUGUUUACAGCUAAUUAAUGUUUUGCGUGUAUGUGUGUGCAUGCAAGUUUCAAUGUUGAUAUUCCUGUUAUUCCGGCAUCAUUUUUCAAGCAGGUCACGAGUGGAUUUAAAACCUGUUUUUUUUUUUUCUUUUCUCCAUGAGAUUAACACGUGAGAUGGGGGGAAAAAACAAAAAGUAACAAGUUAGGCUUAGGUUUAGAUCAUGGAAAUCCACAAAGUAUCAUUGUUCUGCAGUUAGUAAUGUACACAUGCAUCUAACUUAUAACUUAUAUGUUUUUUAAAUCAUGAGUCUUGUGUAAGCAUGACACAUGAAAAUCUGCAUAUAUUCCUUCUACAUACAGCAUGUGAUAUUUCCUUGCGAGUUUAUAUUUUAUUUAUGUCAUACCAUAUUUGAUUACAUUUUGAUCUAAAAACCCUUGAUUAGCAAGGAAAGGUCACAAUAUUGUAAUAAUACACAGCGACAUAUAGUAACCUUCAACACACUGAGUACAGUUGCGAUAGAAAAGCAGGAAGUUGGAGAGUGUUUACAGUGUGCUCAUGUUAGAGCGGCACUAUAUAUAAGGGAGUAGGCAGCAUAAAUCACACAAGUGAAAGCCCUGAAGUGAAAAGAUAUGCAGCUCUGGGUGUGUUGUGCUCUGUUGGUGUUUUUGGCAGAAGGUUGCUUGGCACAGAGGCCUCAUCCAUGCAGAAGUCCACCUCUCCUGGAAGGACACCUCAGUGUUACAACUCAAAAUGGCGGGUACUUUGCAUAUGGGAAGUAUGCCUAUGACGCUAUUCUCCAGCGCAUCCGCUUCGGAGAGCUUGUUCAUCAUGAGAAUCAAACACUUGUUAAAAAUGUUUUGCUUCUCUAUCGAGAGCAUGUGAUGUACCUGAUCGACUAUAAAAACAAGACAUGCGAAAAGCGCCAACUGACAUCCCAGUUCCACCCGAUGAAAAUCCCCCGCAACGCUACUCUCCUUGGGCAGGUAGUGCUAGGGAGUCUCUCAGCACCUGGAGAAGGUCUGCUUGUCAACUCAUGGACUGGAGAGGCAGCAGAGGACCAAGGCAAUUAUAUUCUGACAUUCACUGAGUUUGGCUGCCUUCCUGUCACUGUCCUUUUCAACAGGCCAAAGACUGGCUGGGUUGUAACCAACUUUUUUAACAACAUUCGUGGGAUUAAGGAUCCCGCUGUGUUUAUCCCUCCGGGGUUCUGCAAGAAUGCUACAGUGGAAACAGGAGAGGAAGGAGAUUUCUUCAGUGCUUUCUUCUGAGUCUAAUGCUUCUUAUGACUUAAACACACAGCUUUCAGAAAAAAAAAAAAACACUCACAUACACAUCCUUAUAGUAAUGACAUUAUGCCUUUCCAAUCAUAAAGAUGUAUUCAACACACAAAUAGAAAACAUAUGUGGCUCAGAUUGUCUUCUGCCUAACAGAUAACAUCAGAAUAACUGGUGUAACCUAAACAGAUUAAUAGUGCUGGUGACCCUUCAUCUGUCCUAGAUAAUAUGGUAGCCAACGAUACACUAAUGUCACAUCAGUAAAACUGAACAACUAGCAUGAUUCCAUGAUUAAAUUCCCAAUUUAACACCUGAUCCUUUGUAUACAAAUCUAGAGUAUUACUUGAUUGCUUUUCAAUUCCUUCAGCACUUCCUUCCGAGCCAAUAUGGUUCAUACUUUGACUCAUCUGUAACAAAUGUAUUGUACUCUGAGCUCUGGUGUGAAUCAUAUAUGAAUACUACUGGUGACGAUGUUAACAAUAUACACACGUGGGAUAUGCAUCUAUCAAUAAAGAAAUACAUGAAUUCA